AGAAAGGUGGCGAAAAGGAAGGCCGCAAAUUCGACACAGGCAUGUUGUGUAUCAGCCGAUCGGGCCAAAGACAACGAGCUAACGUGAGACGACAGAGAAGACGGGAGGCAAAGUCGAGUGGCGGAGUUCACUCGUUCUCCUGUCGAGAACUGGACUGCUGGGGGGAUGGGGGUGUGCCAAUAAUGUCUCUGCGGCCAUGCAUGUUCGUCGUGUGUUGCGUCAAGGGUGGAGGAGGGGGAGUGGCGAGGGAAUAGUCUCCGUCUUAGUGGCUUUUCGGAACCGUGACGCAUCUGGCCACUUUUCUUCUUUGCCGCUCUCGCGGGUUCUGUGUCUGGUCACAUCUCUCGCACAAAACAAACUGACACGUGGUACCACCCAGAAAACUCUAGCAACAACGCUUUCUGCGCAUUCGCUGCAUGACGCGCGAAACGAGACCAAUCAAUCUUGCACGGAUAAUACUGAGGCGCCAUACGCUGGGGCAGACGGCACGAUCGCCAACGCCGAAACACAAGCGAAAGAGCACAAAAAACUGAUCAUCCCAUUAUCCGCAAAGUAA